AUGCUAUCUUGCAGUCGGCCGUGGUUGAGAUCAAUCGUCCUGUUUGUGACCCUAGUCGCAUCUUUCUGUGUUUAUGGCCAUUACAAUUUCUAUCGGGAUCCUGGAAGCAUUUUCUUUGACGAACAUCGUGCAUUCCAGCGACAGUACAGUACAUAUCGGCAAGCAGAGAUUGCAGGCUUCUCGGAUGUACGACAAGAUACUCAUGCCAUCUCGCGAACCAAGAAGACGGCAUCCAUUUGUGCCAGCUUCCCAUCGGUGAAAAGGCAAGGCUCUCAAUAUCUGCCUAUUGCUGUCGCUAGUGCCUUGCAAGGGCUUUCCGACUGUGAGAGACAAGACCUUUUUCUCAACAUCCUCAUCGCUCACACGAAUACAACCGAACAUCCUUCUUCCUCACUGAAAUGGCUCGCAGAUUCCGUCGACUCAUUACACGGGUAUGAAGUAUCGAAUCAACAGCUUGAACACUUGCAAGAGCUCGAAUUGAACAAAGACUUUUCGACUAAGGCUGUCUUUGAUUACAUUCAUGCUCUAAGUGAUUGUUACGAGACUCAAGCAGAUUGGAUCAUCAUCUUUGAAGAUGAUAUCCUACUCGCAGAUGGCUGGUUUGCGAAGACGAAGCAAGCGGUGCUGAGUUUUUCCGAGGAGGCAAAGGACGAUUUGCUCUUUAUGCGAUUGUUCAAUCAAGAACGCUCGACGGGAUGGGGAUCUCGUGAGGUGGGUGGGAACCAUGAGUUUUCGAUCUCGAUCUCAAUCUCAUUGGUGGUCUUUGCGAUCCUCACCUUCUUGUGCAAACGAUCUCGAAUUGUUCGAAAGCUUGUGGACGAUGGGACAGUCUUCGUGGUCUGUAUCUUGGCAAUACCGACUUUUGUUGUAUUGUUCUUCCAGGCAGGAAAAGCUUCCAUGCUUCCUCCUCAUCCUGGUGUUCGAAAGGAGCGCUUCGGUUGCUGCGCGCAAGGUCUGGUGUUCCCGAGAGCCAAGGCACCUCGAGUGGUAGAGUAUCUGAACGCCAAACAAAGUGGCCAGAUUGAUCUGAUGCUCGAUGACCUUGCGAGGGAAGACAAGUUGGAUCGCUAUGCAUUGUAUCCGGUACAAGUACAGCAUAUUGGCCAAAGUUCCGUAAGAGGUACGACAGCGCACGAGGCCCAAGCGAUUUGGAGCAUGACAUUUGAAGACCUAGACCCAAAAGCGCUGCGCAUGUCUCAUGCCAAGAUGCUGAAAGACCUCUAUCCAAGCGAAUGUGCCAUUGGAUAA